AUGACGGAUUCAGUUUGUCGAAAAUGCCGAUCGAAGUUUGACAACUGGGAAAAGAAGACAAAAGAAGAUUUUGCUGAGUUUAUGGAUGGGAAGAAUUUGGAGAAGAUCAUGGAUGAAGAAAUCGCUGAAUGUGGUAGUCAAACUGAUGCAGUAGAACAAACUGUAGAAAUUCCAAUCAAACGGACACCAGCAUCACAUAGAACUUGCUUUGUUUGCCAAAAAACAGAUGGAAGUUCAUCUAAAGUAUUAUCUGCAGAAGAACAGAAAUUAGUUUUUAUCAAGCGUAGCAUUGUUAUACCUCCCGGAAUUCGUUGUUGUCGUGAUCAUCUGUAUGGAAAGCAUUUAACUUUCGAAGCUUUACAUCAAAUUGUACCUACAAAGACUGAACCAGUAGUAAUUAAUGCCCAAGGUGUUAUGAACUUAAUAACAGAAUGCUGCACGAUAGUUCAAGAUACGAAACAUUUGAUUUUGAUGAUCUAA